AUGUCAACCCCCUUGCAAGAAGCCCAUCGCGGGGCUGAGGAUAGCUAUUCCGACAGUGAUUCUGCAUCUGAUAGUUUGAACAUCCUCAAUGAAAAUGAUGAAGGCUGGGAAGACGUUGAGCCGGAAGAAGAGAGUCAACCGGUUGUGGGACUGUUCAGUGCAGAUGUUUACCCUGAUGUCCGCGCAAUGUUGAAAGAUACCAAGGAAAGGUACAACUUUGACCUUGUGAAGGUGCAGAGAGAUUUCGACCUGGACUUUCUAGGAACCGUCCGACUGGUCAAUUACUUGCGCUCGGAGAUUAAGAAAGGAAACAAGGAACCGUCUGUUAGCUCCUCGGCUGUAUUCGACGACGAUAUCUACCUGAAACCGGUUCUCGAUGACGACGCCCUACUGUAUAGCCUUGACGAUCUUACCGACGAUGUGGAAGUGGAAGAUAGAAAGGAGUCGAACGAGAAGCGUGUUCUGGAACUCCAGGAGGAACUGGAAAAGUUGAAGAACCAAUUUUCAGAAUACAGACUGGCAGUACAGAAGUCAUUGGGCGAACAACUAGCCGGCGUGUCCGUUGACGACAACACGACAUUGGCCGAAGUGCCGAAGAAGGGGAAAAUUGAAGAGGCUGACGCCGACUAUUUCACUUCCUACUCGUUCAAUGCAAUUCAUGAGACCAUGCUCAAAGAUACUGUGCGAACUGAUUCUUAUCGUGACUUUAUCUACGACAACAAGGGUCUAUUCAAGGACAAGAUUGUGCUUGAUGUUGGCUGUGGAACAGGAAUUCUGUCGAUGUUCUGUGCAAAAGCCGGCGCUAAGAUGGUUAUCGCGGUAGAUAACUCCAACAUCAUCCAAAAGGCUCGUGAAAAUAUCUACAAGAACGGUUUCGAACAUGUCAUAACGUGUGUUCGUGGCAAGAUCGAAGAAGUUAGCUUGCCUGUGCCCCAAGUUGACAUCAUUGUAUCAGAAUGGAUGGGUUAUGGGCUGCUGUUUGAAGCGAUGUUGGACUCGGUACUCUGGGCUAGAGACCACUACCUGGUGCCAGGUGGGCUCAUGGUCCCAUCACACACUACUCUACGUAUUGCGCCAUAUGUGGAUAGUGAUUUUGUGGAUUCUCAUGUGACUUUCUGGAAAUCCGUCUACGGCUUUGAUAUGUCGAGUAUGCUCGAAAACAUCCACGACGAGGCAAUCGUUACUACCACCAAACCAGAAACUGUUGUCGGUUCGUCAGCCGUCUUUCUACCACUUCCGCUACAUACAAUCACCGUCGCAGAAUUGACUUUCCUGAAGAACUUUGAGGUGACUAUUACAGAAGAUAUUCCUGGACUUGACGGUUGGAACAUUUGGUUCGAUACUUUCUUUUUGCCUUCGCCCACAUUCAAGUUCGAUGAGAAUGCCGAACCUGCACAAUUAAAGAAGAAUGGACUUGUCGCAUUUACUACCGGUCCUUUUGACACUGAAACACACUGGCAGCAAUGUGUGCUUCUCGCAAACCAUGGUGGAAAAGAGCCCACUCCAUUGAAGAAAGGACAGGUCAUCAAAGGCAGUGUUGGUUAUCAGAAGAAGGAACAAGGCUCGCGGGCCCUGGAUAUUGAGGUGUCCUGGGAGAUUGAUGGUAAUAAGCAACGACAGCUAUGGUCAUUGCAGUGA